AUGGAGAAAUCCGGAUACGGCAAAGACGGCAUUUACCGAUCACUCCGUCCAACACUCGUCCUCCCCAAAGACCCCAACACCUCCUUAGUCUCUUUCCUCUUCCGCAACUCCUCCUCUUACCCUUCAAAACUAGCCAUCAUAGACUCAGACACCGGCGACUCCUUGACCUUCUCCGACCUCAAAUCCUCCGUUGCUAGACUCGCACACGGGUUCCUCAAACUGGGUAUCCGUCAAAACGACGUUGUUCUCAUCUUCGCUCCGAACUCUCACCAGUUCCCUCUCUGUUUCCUCGCCGUCUCCGCCAUCGGAGCCGUUUUCACCACCGCGAAUCCUCUCUACACCACCAACGAGGUCUCCAAGCAGAUCAAAGACUCUAACCCUAAACUCAUCAUCACCGUUGAACCAUUACUCGAUAAAGUCAAAGGCUUUAACCUCCCUUUAGUGCUCCUUGGAUCUAACGAGUCAGCACAGAGUCCAAAUAUCAUCACUUUCAAGAAGGUCAUGGAGCUUUCCGACAAAGUUUCAGAUCUCCCUUACGUGGACGUCAAGCAAUCUGACACGGCUGCACUGUUGUAUUCAUCGGGGACCACGGGUGUAAGCAAAGGAGUUGAAUUGACUCAUGGAAAUUUUAUAGCAGCGUCUCUGAUGGUGACGAUGGAUCAAGAGCUUAUGGGAGAGUAUCACGGCGUGUUCUUGUGUUUUCUUCCCAUGUUUCAUGGGUUUGGUCUUGCUGUGAUUGCUUACUCUCAGCUUCAGAAAGGGAGUGUUUUGGUCUCACUGGCAAGGUUUGAGCUUGAGUUGCUGCUUAAAAAUAUUGAGAAGUAUAGAGUCACUUGGCUUUGGGUUGUUCCUCCUGUGUUUCUUGCUCUUGCUAAGCAGAGUGUUGUGAAAAAGUAUGAUCUUUCUUCGCUUAAGUAUAUUGGGUCAGGAGCUGCUCCUCUUGGGAAGGAUUUGAUGGAAGAGUGUGGAAGAAACAUCCCUAAUGUUGUCCUCAUGCAGGGUUAUGGAAUGACUGAAACAUGUGGGAUUGUCUCUGUGGAGGACCCGAGGCUUGGGAAAAGGAACUCUGGUUCAGCUGGAAUGCUUGCCCCAGGUGUUGAAGCUCAGAUAGUGAGGGUAGAAUCUGGAAAGCCCCAACCUCCUAAUCAACAAGGGGAGAUAUGGGUUCGAGGCCCUAACAUGAUGAAAGGUUAUUUCAAUAACCCUCAGGCUACUAAAGAAAUAAUAGAUAAGGAAGGUUGGGUACAUACAGGAGAUCUUGGAUACUUCAACGAGGAUGGUAACCUUUUCGUAGUUGAUCGACUCAAAGAACUUAUCAAAUACAAAGGCUUCCAGGUUGCUCCAGCUGAAUUAGAAGGUCUACUUGUAUCUCAUCCCGAGAUACUAGAUGCUGUUGCUAUCCCGUUGCCUGAUGAAGAAGCAGGUGAAGUUCCAAUAGCAUUUGUUGUACGUUCACCUAGUAGCUCAAUAACAGAAGAAGAUAUUCAAAAGUUCAUUGCUAAACAGGUGGCUCCUUACAAAAGAUUAAGGAGAGUGAGUUUCAUUAGCAGUGUUCCAAAAUCUGCUGCUGGUAAGAUCUUGAGAAGGGAACUUGUUCAGCAAGUAAGGUCCAAGAUGUGA